AUGGCCUCAAGUUCAGGCCAGUCAAACCAGUUGCUCUAUGCAUGCAUCGCCCAUGGCACGACCAUCCUGACCGAGCACACCUCACCCGGCACGUCAUCGUCGUCGGCCUCGUCUCUCGCCUCAGUCAUCCUCCCUAAAAUCUCCCAUGCUAGUCCAGCAAAGCUCACGUAUACACACGAUCGGCUGUUCGUGCACUAUAUAGCCGACUCUCCUUCGUCGACCUCGAAUGGCUCGGACGAACAGCUUUCAAGCCAUGCAGCUCUCACCUACCUCGUGGUGGCACAGACGGAGAUGGGACGGCGCAUACCCUUCGCUUUCCUGCUCGAACUCAAGAAGAAGUUCCUGACGCAAUACAAGCCUGAGUCGACGGACUUUCAGUCUCUCCCGGCGUACGGCACGGCAGCGUUCAACUCCACGCUCAAGGCCAUGAUACAGCAAUACAACACGGCGCCUCCCAGCGACGCGCUCACGAACGCACGCAAAGAAAUUGACAGUGUACGGGAUAUCAUGACGGAGAACAUUGAGCGGGUGCUGGAGAGAGGGGAAAGGAUUGAUCUGUUGGUGGAUAAGACUGAUCGGCUUGGAGGUAGCGCAAGGGACUUUCGGGUACGAAGUAGGGGGCUUAGGCGACAGAUGUGGUGGAAGAACGUUCGGGUCAUGGUACUGCUGGUGGUUGUGGUUAUCUUCCUGAUCUAUCUGUUCGUUGGGUUUGGCUGUGGUCUGCCAGCGUGGAGCAAAUGUGUGGGAUAA